CAGGCAAUGUAAUGUUAUUUUUAAUGUUACACUAACACAACAAAAGCGACUACAACCUUUUUCGUUCCUAUAUAUAUAAAUCGCAUUUAAAACAGUAGAAACUCAGACGUUCUUCAUCGAUUCAGUUCAAGGCUUCAAGCAACACUCACCAUGGUUAAAGGAAUUAGGGUUUAUGAACACGGUGGCCCUGAGGUUAUGAAAUGGGAGGAUGUGGAUAUAGGAGAACCGAAAAGUGGAGAAAUCAAACUGAAAAACAAGGCGAUUGGAGUAAACUAUUUGGAUGUUUAUAUGCGUAGAGGUUUAAUCCCGAGUUUAUGUCCUCCACUGACAUUCACACCAGGUAUGGAGGCAGCCGGAGUUGUAAUAGCCAUUGGUCCAGAAGUCACCACCUGUAAAGUUGGAGAUUACGUGGCUUACGCUGGCUUUCCUGUCUGCUCUUACACCGAAGAAAUGAUACUUCCUGCGGAUAGAGUCGUACCAGUUCCUCCUUCAAUUGAUCCUAUUAUAGCCGCUGCUGUGCUUUUUAAGGGACUCACUGCUCACGUUCUUGUUCGCAGUUGCUUUCAGAUUGGACCCGAGCAUACGAUCCUCGUCCAUGCAGCCGCAGGUGGAGUCGGGUCAUUGGUGUGUCAAUGGGCAAACGCACUCGGUGCAACCGUGAUUGGAACCGUGUCAAAUGAAGUGAAAGCGGUGCAAGCUAAGGAAGAUGGAUGCCACCAUGUCAUUAUCUACAAACAAGAAAACAUUGUCGAUCGUGUUAUGGAGAUCACAUCAGGAAAAGGAGUUGAUAUUGCCUAUGAUUCUAUUGGGAAAGACACAUUUGAGGAAUCGGCGGCGUGCUUAAGGUUUCGUGGAUACAUGGUUUCAUUUGGGUUUGCAUCGGGCUCACCCGAGCCUGUAAAAUUCAGUGUGUUUUCGGAUAAAUGUUUGCACUUUACAAUUCCAUCCAUGAUGCUUUACACAAAAGCACGAGAAGACCUCCUUGCAGCUUCGGAGGAGCUGUUUGAUAAUGUUGCAAAAGGAGUUUUACGUGUUCGAGCAAAUCACAAGUACCCUUUAUCGCAAGUGGCUCAAGCUCAUUUGGACCUUGAGGAUCGGAAAACAACCGGGUCCGUUGUUUUGAUACCCGAUAACUAAUAUUUAUAUGUUGUUUAAGCAAAUCCACAUAGUUCGUCCAAGAGUGUACUUUCAUUUGGUUGGUCUUAUUCAUCAUCU